UUAAUUUCAUACCAAUGGCAGCUAUAAAAGCAGCUUCUUGGGAACAAUAAAUCUAAUCUAAGAAACAUAAACUAAAAUGCACCCGGCUGCUCUAAUUCUAGUCCUGCUUGUGGCCCAUUCAGCAGCGUAUCCAGCUCCCACAACUGCUCCCAAGGAGACCAAAAAUUGGUACGAUAUUCUUAAGGACGCACUUUCAGGAUACUUCCACGAAAAGUACACAAACACACGGGUGUGGGCGGAAGGAGUCGCAGAUGCCAUGACCAAGUUCCUCCAACAACGAGACGUCGGGCAAGAUUUGAGAAAUGCAGAGACCACCUUAGUUAAGAACCUGAAGGAAGUAAGCCGGAAUGCUGCCAAAAUGGUUGGCUUGGGAAGGACGGCGGCAGAGAAUAAGGCGGAUACUAUGGUGCAGGACGUUCUGAAGGACAUGAAACUGUGAGGUGAUCGACCUUGGCAUCUGGAUAAUAAAGUUUAAUAGUCGAUUAAGCCGUGAAAUGUCGAUUCGUCAUGAAUUGGACAUAGCUGGUGUGAAAUAAAAGCUAUUAGUAGUGCGGUAGCAGCAAG